GUAUUAGGCAAAUCGAGUAGCCCCCAAACAGAUCUGACUACUUUGUGGAGAUAGAACGACUGAAGGAGAUGGAUGAAGAGGAGCACGAGGUGUACGGAGGAGAAAUCCCCGUUGAAGGCGAAUUGGAAGGAGACAUGGAGGCUCACGGCGCCGAUGUCGACAUGUCCACCGCCGACGAAGAUGCCGUUAAGGAAUUGGACGAGAUGAAGAAGCGACUAAAGGAGAUGGAGGAAGAAGCGGCAGCUCUUCGGGAGAUGCAAGCCAAAGUUGAGAAGGAGAUGGGGGCUGUUCAAGGUGACACAGAUCCUGCCAGUGCUGCUUCUCAGGCUAGCAAGGAGGAAGUUGAUUCACGAUCAAUCUUUGUUGGCAAUGUUGAUUAUGCAUGCACCCCGGAGGAAGUUCAACAACACUUCCAGGCAUGUGGUACUGUGAACCGAGUUACUAUUCUGACUGAUAAGUUUGGUCAGCCUAAAGGCUUUGCAUAUGUGGAGUUUGUUGAACAAGAGGCUAUUCAGGAGGCACUCCAGUUGAAUGAAUCUGAACUGCAUGGGCGCCAGUUGAAGGUUAUGCCCAAGAGGACCAAUGUUCCAGGAAUGAAGCAAUUCCGCCCAAGGCGUUUCAAUCCUUAUAUGGGGGGAUACAGGUUCAGGAGGCCUUAUGUCCCCCCAUACUUCUAUUCCCCAUAUGGAUAUGGGAAGGUUCCAAGGUUCAGGAGGUCAUCACCAUAUACACCGUAUUAAAGAUGUGUGGCUGUUAAAGUAUAAUGAAGGUUAUGAAGCAGAUGCUACAAGCAUAAACACACAUGGAGUUCUUUGUCAAACCCCC